AUGAACUCAUUACAACAAGUUGCUGAUCAACUUGAAGCACUCUGCAAGGCGGGCGGAUUCCCUCUUGCUAAAUGGGCAAGCAAUCAUCCAAAAUUACAACAACUCAAUCAUGUGGAAGCGAUCAAAAAUCAUAAAUUCGAGGAUUCAGACUCCAGCACCAAGAUUCUGGGCAUGUACUGGUCCUCACACUCAGAUCAGUUCUAUUCUACGUACUCACCACCAUGCUCAACUCAAAAAUUUACAAAAAGGAUCAUUUUAUCAGAGAUUGCUCAAAUCUUUGAUCCUCUUGGAUUUCUCGCACUACUCAUCAUUCGAGCCAAGGUAUUCAUGCAGGAGCUUUGGCUCGAAAAGCUCAGCUGGGACACUCCAUUGGCAGCCAAUCAACGGCAUAAAUGGAGAAACUUCAAAAAUGAACUCAAACUUAUCUCUGAAAUCAAAAUUCCAAGAUGGAUCCACUCAUCCACGUGCUCAACCACCGAAAUCCAUGGAUUCUCGGACGCCUCUCAAUUGGCAAUGGCAGCUGCCGUGUUCAUCAAAGUCCACACACCUGCUCAUGGAGUCAGAGUUACGCUGCUCUGCUCCAAAACCAAGGCAGCUCCGUUAAAACGACUAACGAUAGCAAGGUUAGAACUCACCGCAGCUCACAUGUUGGCAAAACUCACAAAACACUGCCAGAGCACUCUAAAUCUCACUCAAUCGCCAAUAUACUUGUGGACGGACUCAACAAUUACACUCACGUGGAUUAAGAGGAGUUCUCAGAAAAUUUGGUGGUAA